UGAUGCCGUUUUCCUACUCCUCCGGCUUUCCAGAAGUGGCAUGAUCCGUGUCUGUCGGCAGGACAGGUGAAUACUAUUUUCUCUUGGUUGGUCGAAGAACUUUUUUUUUUGUUGUUAUUUUAACAGGGAACCGUAAAAAAUGUCAAAGCCGGUAGAUCACAUCAAGAGACCCAUGAACGCCUUCAUGGUCUGGUCAAGAGGCCAGAGGAGGAAAAUGGCUCAAGAGAAUCCCAAAAUGCACAAUUCAGAAAUAAGCAAAAGACUCGGCGCCGAGUGGAAGCUGCUCUCUGAAUCCGAGAAGCGACCGUACAUCGACGAGGCCAAAAGGCUGAGGGCUCAACACAUGAAAGAACACCCAGACUACAAAUACAGACCCAGGCGCAAGCCCAAGAACCUCCUCAAGAAGGACAGGUAUGUGUUUCCUCUGCCCUACCUGGGCGACACGGAUCACCUGAAAGGACUUCCGGUCUCCGCCACGGACUCGCUCUUAGGUUCCUCGGAAAAAGCCCGCGCGUUCCUGCCUCCCACAUCAGCCCCUUACUCCUUCCUCGACCCGAGCCAGUUCAGCUCCAGCGCUAUCCAGAAGAUGACAGAGAUGCCCCACACGUUGGCCACCAGCACUUUACCUUACGCAUCAUCUCUGGGAUACCAGAACGGCGCAUUCGGGAGCCUGGGCUGCCCCAGCCAGCACACCCACACCCACCCGUCGCCCACAAACCCCGGGUACGUGGUGCCGUGUAACUGCACCGCAUGGUCGGCGUCGAGUUUACAGCCGCCUGUUGCCUACAUACUGUUCCCGGGUAUGACCAAGAGUGGGAUUGACCCGUACUCAUCAGCACACGCCGCUGCUAUGUGACUCCACCGCUAAAAAACAAACAAACGGUCUCCUCUUUUGAAAACUUGAAUACAGCAAUGCAUGUACAUAAGAAGAGAGGAAUGAGCAAGACAUUUAUACUGAGGCCGCGUGGACAUGA